AUGGUCGUCCACCUAAGUUAGUAGGAGUGUGUUAAUUUGGUGUAUUUGAUUGAUCAGAAUCGAUAUCUAUACUUUGGAGGCAAGAACCCAUUCAAUAUUAAGGAUUUGUAAUAGGAAGAGAAGUAGCCAUCUCCUCCAAAAAGCGACGGAAUAUCCUUUAAAAUAGGUGCUCCAAAGUAGACAAGAGUGAGUAGUCCAUUUAGUAAUCAAGAAUGCUAGGAUUAUGUGUACAUAUUGGAUCCAGCUACUUAUUCAUGGAGUAUCAAGAAAUGUACAGGGAAACCCCCAACUAGAAGAACGAGUGCAUAGGUUUGGUAUGAAGCACCACUGUUGUAUGUGUAUGGAGGGAUCACAUAUGAGAAUAAAACUGUUAGUGAUUUGUACAUAUUGAAUACAGAGAAGUUUGUGUGGAAACGAUUCUUUUAUUUGGAAGGUCCUCCAGGUAGAUUGCAUUUUGGAUUCUCAACUUAAGGAAUGAAGAAAUAUUUGAUGGGGGGAGCAAGUAUGCCUGAAAAUCUAUUGAUGGAUGAUGUAUGGCAAUUGUCUUUUGAAAAUGUGGCAUGGGAAACUCAAUCAUUGGAGUUACCAGGAAUUACUUGGGAGAAACUGCCAUUUGAUGAUAUGCCAGCUAUCAAAGCACACACUAUGAUACAAGUAUCAGAUAAAGAGUUGUUGGUCUAUGGAGGAUUCAAUAAAUAAAAAUAAUGUUAGGAUCGUUGUCUAUUAUUGGAUAUAGAGACUUACGAUAUAAGUUAAUUGGAAUUGAAAGGAUAAUCACCUGGUUAGAGAGCAUUUCAUGAAUUAUUGGUCGUUAAGGAGAACUUAUUGUGUUUGUAUGGAGGAUACAAUGUGAAUGAGAAUUAGUUAAAGAAUUCAGAGCCUUUGAAUGAUCUAUAUCUAUUGAAUUUGAAUGAAGGGUAUUGGUCUAAACCUGUUGCUGGUGGUUAUAUUCCAGCUCCUAGGUUUGGUUAUGUGAUGUCAUGCAAUCAAAAUGAAGUUCAUGGAGAAAUCAUGUUAUUGGGAGGGAGAUUGAAUGAUGGGACUGUAGAAUUAAUGCAUAUAUGCAAAGAGAGGGCUUGGGAUGAGAAAGAUGAGAAGGAGAAGAACAAAUAUGAUACGUAUAGAGAAUUGAAGAAGGAGAACAAAACUGUCACUGUUCCAACUUUGACUUUAGUAUUUGAUGAGGCUGAAAAGAUCAUUUUGGAAUAGAAGAGAACUAUUGGUGAAAAAGAAAAGGACUUGAAACAAUUGUAAUAGAAUUCCCAAUUGCUUGAAUAGAAGGCUGAGAAGUUGCAGGAAUAAAUUGAUAUUGGAAAAUUGAAGAUGGAUUAGGAUCUUGAGAAUACAAGAAUCGAAAUAACCGAACUCAAUCAAAAGGCUGAUCAAAGUCAGUCUACAAUAAAUAGGAUAUUGCAAUUGUUGGCAUUUGAAAGGAAGAAAAGGAAACUUGUAUACAGGAAGGCUUUGGCUUUGGAAGAUCUUUACAGGAAAACAUCCUUGUAUAUUUUUGAAAUGGACAAAGUGUUUGUGAAGGGACAGAGUGAGAAUCUCUUGGAGACAUCUAUCAAUGAAGACAUCCUCAAUCUCAUUGAUUAGAGAAAUCUUUUGAAGAGAGAUACAAAUAAGAAAUACAAGUGA